CCGUCAGUUCGUUCAUAAUUGUAUUAUCAAUAAUAUUAUUGAUAAUAAGUCUAUUAUAAGCACUAAAAUAUGAUUGAAUCGAUUCUCAUAUUUGUGUUCAUUCACGUACUCGCAACAAUGUUUGUGACCAUUUGUUGAUAUGUUGUGAUUUUGUUUGUUGUUGGUAUUUUUAUUUGUAUAAAAUAAAAUCAUAUCAUUGAACUACGACACACGCUUUGAUUUCCAGUUUCUUUAACAGAUAACCAAUUAUAUGUUCUCGUGUCGAGAUUUAGUUUUUGUGUGACUUUAGUAUGAAAAAUUUGUUGGUCUUGGUUUUGGCAAAAUUAUGAAUCAAUUCCAUUCAGAAGAAAAAGACAUUUCAGAAAUCAGAAAAAAAAAUUAAAUAUGGAUGGAAAACGUGUGGUAUUGUUUUUGUGUCUAAUUUCGAAUGCAUGGGCCCAAUUUCAACAAACGACAUCAAUUCAGAGAUGCGCUUUUACCUUUUUAACUGAAAGUGCAACAUGUGGCAGUUCAAAUUAUAUGCGUGAACUCUCCAGAGAAUUUAGACCCUCAUGGAAGCAUAUCAAAGUUCUUGCAUACACUGGAUCCUUUUCACUUGCAGAUACGGAUGGCAAUCAUGUGAAUUAUGUGCAAGAUUUGGAUUUGAGUCACAUCGGUGUAAUAAUCGUUCCCAAUUCAGCUUUUAUACAUUAUGCGUCGUUAAAACGCUUGAAUUUAGCAAAUGCAUCAAUUCGAUCAAUCGACGACAGUUGGUUUGGCAGCAAUAAUGUUAUUCUGGAUUUGGAUUUGAGUCACAACGAAGUGACUUCGUUGCGUCGGUCACAAUUCCGAAACUUGAAGCAAUUACGUUUAUUAAAUUUGAUGGACAACAAUAUCGAUAGUAUUGAACAAAAUGUAUUCCAAGAUCUCAAUCAAUUGACGCAUAUAAAUUUCAGAUUCAAUAGAAUACGAACAAUGGCACCGUUGGGCCAUAUGAGCCGAUUGCAUUCGUUGGAUUUGGGUGAAAAUUCAAUAAACGAAUUAUCGAACAACGUUUUCCGGAAUUUGGAUUCACUGACUCAUCUGCAGCUUGAGCAAAAUGGAAUUGCAACGAUACGAGAUGGAGUAUUCAGUGCACUUGAAAAUUUAAAAGAGUUAAAUUUAUCGGGGAACAGUAUUCGACAAAUAUCGUCAGGCACAUUCCAAGGUUUGAUUCGACUGCAUGUGCUCGAUUUGAGUGAAAAUAAUUUGAAUAAAAUUAAAGGUUCAGCAUUUCGGGAAUUGCAAUCGCUUCUUAACUUAAACAUUUCAAAGAAUACACUCAACGAACUUGAUGAACAAACAUUCGUCGGUUUGGCCAAUUUAAAUACACUGUUGCUAAAAAAUAAUGCUAUUUUAAAUAUACAACCGAACACAUUUGCACCACUUCAAUCGAUUUUUCGAAUUGAUUUGAGCUCGAAUUUAUUGCGUAACAUAAAUAAUAAUAUUUUUGGCAAUCAAAUAUUGCCAUUGCAAAAAUUGUUCAUUCAAAAGAAUAAUAUUGGUAGUGUGCAACCGCGCACAUUUGAUGCUGUUCCGUAUAUUGACUUUUUAUCAUUGGCGCAUAAUCAAAUUCAGACGCUUGACGAGAACAUUUUUGAUCCGCUUGUCAACUUAAAGAAACUACAAUUGAAUAACAACCGCAUCGAAUUUAUUCCACAAAAAAUUAUGGAUAGCAUCAAUCGAAUAACGGAACUACAAAUCAAGCAUAAUCGAUUAACAUUUUUACCAAAUACACAAAACACUUUUAAAUAUUUGGAAAAAAUUACGCUAGAGGGAAAUCCAUGGCAAUGCCCGUGCAUUUCGGAGAUAUUUGAUUCAAUUUUACAGCAAACGCAACAUCGGUACAUCGAAUUUUUCAAUGGCGCAAAUGCAUUCUAUUCCGGUGCAAAGCCGUUGUGCUAUGAACUACCAGUUGAACCUUCAGCAGCAUGCAUUCGAAAUGUUGAUUUGAUACGACAAUAUCGAGUAGUCGAAAUCUAUGAAAAUGCUUUGCGUGGUUAAAGCCAUUUCAUUUGAUGGAUGAUUAUACUUACUGAGAUUUCGGCUAUUAUUCAAGACCAUUGCAAAAAUGGUUUCUAUACUAGCCGAUUGGAUGAUGAUGAUGAUGACAAAGCAGCCUUAGACGAAAAGUGCUCUCAACUAUUUCUGAUAAAUUACAUACGACUUUGAGAGACAUAGCAACACAUUGUACAGACAAGUGCUUACACACAAGGAAUUCAUAUUUUUACAAUAAAAUGACAUAUGAACAAAAA